UUUCUCAUGACAAUCUGACAAAAUCGGUUCAAAAAUCAAACGCAAUCGGGGACUGACAAAAUCGGUUCACCACUGUAUAGGUAUCAAACAGGCGUUUUGCAAGUGAGUGUGCUAUUUCGCUUGAAUUAAUGUUCUCUACUUUUCAUUCUUUGCUUCUUUCAAUUAUCAAUUCUUCUGUUUCUCAAAUGAACUAAUUCUCAUGCAGCUUUAUUCGCAUUCGUUUCAUAUCCAUUCUCGCUCGGGAACCCCCCUUCUCUCAUUACAAAAUCGUUCUCCCAGUCCGAAACGAUUAGAACCAGUGACAACGAAAUUCGUUUCGCCACACACAUCACGUUUCGCUUCCGGGCCGGGUCGGGCCAGGAUCGUUUGCAAUCGAUCCCGCCGCCGAAGAAGCGCGCGCACCAUUAUUUCUGUUCUGGACGCCAUGACGCUGCACAAAACCUGUUGUGUGUGUUCAUUAUAGGGCAUUAGAUUUAUGUUUGGAGCAAAUUAUCCGGGUAUCAGCGAUUCCUCCCCCCGUCUCUCGGUCGGUCGUCCGUUUAUCGGAAUGACGCAAAAACGUUCUGUGCGGGGGCUCGCGCGGAAAAGGAUUUGCACAAACAAACCAGUUCCCUGCAACAUCAGUGGCUGGGCUGGCGAGGCCUUGCGAGGCUCGUUGCGAGAUCCACCGCGAUCAGUUGCGCAUAAUGACUCGAUCAGGAGGGACCCUAAGCCGAACGGUGCUGCUGCCACUGCUAGUGCUGGCGACGAUCGCGAUCGUCGCCGGUAGAGCAGUGAGGAAGACCGAGGACAACUCCGAUCGGAGUCGAACCGAAGACUACAUCACUCAGUACGAGAUCAACACGGAACGCUACCGGGUCACCACGGAGGAUGGCUACCAAUUGAUUGUCUACCGGUUGCUUCCGCAGGUUCCAGCUAAAGGAGCAGUCCUGAUUCAACACGGAAUUCGACAAUCGUCCUCCGAUUGGUUGACCCUGGAUAAAAACCUUCCGAUGCAACUUUUGGAAGCAGGCAUGGAAGUCUGGCUCGGAAACUCUCGGGCAUCAUCCGAGUCUGCCGGGCACCUGACCUACUCCAACGAUUCGUCCCAAUACUGGGACUUCAGUUUCCAUGAAAUCGGAUUCUACGAUCUUCCAGCCAUGAUAGAUGCCGCCCUCCAGAUGUCCCAACGAAAGCAGCUUCACCUAAUCGCCUACUCGGAAGGAGCUUCAGCAACCCUUGUUCUGCUCUCGGAACGUCCCGAGUACAACGCCAAGAUCAUGUCGCUGAACCUGAUGGCCCCGGCUGCCUUCAUGACCAACAGUCAGUUCAAGCUAGUCGCCUUGCUGUUCAACAAAAUCCGUUUCAUCUUCCCGAUGACCGCCCAGCAGCUCCUGCUCAAGAGCAACCAGCUAUCAAAGAACUCCCAGAAACAGCUCGAACACUACCAGCAGCUGAUCCUGUCCGGCCGCUUUCGCCGGUUCGAUCACGGACCUCGGGGCAACAUGCAGAAGUACGGAAGCAGAGAACCUCCGAACUAUCAUCUGCAGAUGAUCACCCAGUCACCGACUCUGCACUACGGCGGACGGGACAGUACGGUGCACCCACGGGACGUCGAACACCUCAGCACCCAUUUUCCCAAAGAAUCCAACGUCCAGCUGAUCGAGUACGAUCUGCUGGAUCACGGCGACUUCACGUCCCGGCCGGAAGCGGCCAGCAACGUGUAUCCCAUGAUCGUAGAGGACAUCGUCGGCAAGUCCAAUCAGCGAAGACGGUGACAGUCGUGAAAAAAGGGGGGCGCGAAUCAGUGAGAGAGUGAGUGAGUGAGAGUGCAAAUAAAUUAUUGAUUAGCUGCUAACUGGA